CCAAAACAAGGCGACUAAAAUGAACGCAGCUAUAUUUCUCAAAUUGACUGUUGUUUGGAUGUUAUGUUCUGAAUUGGUUGCUGUCAAUGUUUUGAAAUACAUAGACGGCAUCAGUGGUCAAAUAACAUCACCGGACUACCCUGGGAACUAUCCCAACAAUGCUAAUUAUACAUGGAUAAUAAGGACGGGGAGCCGCUCAGCAAAAGUUACUUUCAGAAUUAUUGAAAUGAAUAUCGAAAAAUGGGAAUGUGAUGAUUAUUUAGAGAUAACGGAACUUGAACCUUGUUGUUUUCGCCUUUUAAAACGAUGUGGUCAUUUGGAGAAUUACAAUCUAACUGGUCGAGGAAAGAAAAUCAGAGUAUCAUUCAUAUCAGACGAGAGUAUGACAGAAAAAGGAUUCAGCCUCACAUGGAAAGUAACUCUACCACCAACAAAAGCCUUACCGACGCAGAAAAUGUUGGCAACAACAACAAAAUACAUGGUUAGAACAUCUAAGAAAAUGGAAGUCAAAACUACUGCAUUUCAGCAAACGACCACAACACCUUCAUCUCAGGUUACUAGUACAGUGCUGGCUAAGAUUGAAUCAACACUUACGUCAACGGGAUUAACUACAGCAGGCACAAUUAGUAGUACAGUGCAGGCGAUGUUUAGGUCAGCACCUAGAACAACUGAAUACACUACAGAUGACUCAACUUCUUUAAUUCUGAUACCGGAAUCACCAUCAACUGUGACGAAAUCAGUCAGUAGUACAACGCAGGAUAAGAUUACAUCAACAUCUGGAACAACUGAAUCAACUACAGAUGACACAAGUACGUACAAAUAUACAUCUCCUACAGCAUCUUCAACACUGAAACCAGAGUUCCCAUCAACUGUGGAUAAUCAGGGUAGAAUAACCAGUCAAUCCAUUCCCACUAAACUACUAACAACUCUCUCUAUAAAGUAUUCAGAAACGAAGCGAACAACGCCCAAAACACGAUCGCGACCGCUGACAUUGUCAUCGACGACGAGAUCAUCCAAUGUUGAGUUGACAACAUUAGUUUUUAAUGCAACAACAAACAAAGAAGACAAGAAUACAUUUGAUAUACAAAAAGUGUACCUUAUCAUCGGCUUAGUUGUUGUUGAUUUCCUUCUUUUGCUGGUUGUUUGUGUGUGCAUUUAUAGACGUUGUACUCAAACCAGAGCUCUUCAGAAAAACCUGUGUCAGCAAAAGAGAGAUGAAGGAGCACGGGAUGUUAUCAACAACGCAUAUUGCAUAUCAGUUCACGUUUAUGACGAUAUCCCAGUGGAUGCUGUGUGUGAAUUAGAAACUAGUCCCGAGGAGAACAACGAGGAGGUUGAGGAGCAAUCAACAUUGUACGAUAAAUGCUGGAGGAAUGAAUACGAUAAAACACAGUCAGCAAUGGACGAAUACAACAGAGAUACUGAGCACACCUAUGGUACCUGUGAGCGAUUCUAUUUCACUCUGGAGGCUACACACCCACGUUCAAUCACUCAGACGGCGACUCCCACAACUACGCAACGAGAUUCCACCAACGUUUACCACACAUUGAAUACUCAUUUUAUAAAUUCAAGCCAACCGAAGUAAAAUAUCAAUAUUACAAUCUAAAUGUAUGCAACCGUUUUAUCGUCUUGUUUGGAUGACAUUUUUGAAAUGGAUUCAACAUGUUUUUGCAUAACAUAAAAAAACUUAUAAUUUUAUCGGUUGAGAUAGAUAUUUACUUAUAUUUUCGUACUGCAAAAUACCUAUUGUCAUCAAGCUUCUAAUGUUUUAUUCAUAAUGAGUGUAUGUGUACAUGUUUAUCUUGUUUUUUGCACGCAUCAUUUUCGAUAUAUAUAUAUCGUUUAUUUUGGCACAGAAGAAGAUAGCCUUAUAGAGUUUGAGAGAAUGUACAAUAUCAGGAAAAAUAAGGCCCCAUAAUAAAAACGUGCUAAGACAAAAUUUUUGGAUUUAGUCUCAUAAGUCUAGACAUCAUUUGAGCGAUCAAUACCUCCUAUCCGUAUUACUUCACCUAAGGACCAACACAAGUGUAUCAUAUAUACGCCUAGUUUCCCAACUUAUGUUCGUUCAAUAGAGUGUUAUAGAGUAUAGUAAACACUAAUCCCUUAUUUCCAGCGUUAAUCAUUUCAACCAUCCGACUCAACUACAGUAAAAUUCAUUAUUUAGCUAGUGUAAACAAACAGGAUUACAUCCCUAGAAAAGAAAAUGAUGUAAAUAUGAAUAAUUCACUAUUAAUAUAUGUAUAUUCUUGUUACAUGUUUGUUGUUACAAAGAAAUGUUACAAUUUUAAAAAUGAAUUUACUAAUAUAAAUAAUGCUGCAAAAAAAUUAUAUUUUUUGUUUGAAAAAAUUGAUCACAAUUAUUAUUUUCGCUUUAAGCACUGUACAUAAAAAUGAUUAAAGAUUCGUUGCAAGUUGAUGACCCAUCAAAUUUUGGUGUUCCAAUAUCUUCAACAAACAAAAAAUAAUUGAAAAUGAAUCAGAACUUUCAUAAAUUAAAUACAUGUAAUGCUUAAACUAAAUAGCCGUAAAAUAAUUGAUUUUUUUUUGUUCCAAAAUAUAGUGAAAAUAUUUGGACCAACCAGUUUUAAAAUGGUCACAAUUCAAACACAAAAUAAUAAAUCAUUUGUAAAUAAAGUAAAUGAAGAGCUAGGAUGCAAAUAAAGUAGUGAAUCCAUCAAUCCAUCCGUCCAUCAAUCAAUCAAACAGAAAAAAAAAUUACUUAAAUUCUGUCUGGACUGAAAAGUAAUAAUUAAGGACUUUUAAUACAAAAGUGAAAAUGACAAUCUAAUAACACAGGGAGAGUUUACCUGGACGUUAGGAAUAAUGUAUGUAGAUAGUGUUGUUAAGGUCUUUUUCAUAAGAAUUGUUUUGAUUUUUCCCUCUUUGAGUAAUAAAAACAAAGGCUCUAAAAAGUGCAUUUUAAUUGGAAUGCUGUAUGCUCAUUAAAACGCAAAUAGUCAACUUCCGUUUUUCCUUACGUUCCUUUAGUUCCAGAUCAAAUAAUAUAACAAUAAAACAUUAAUUGUUAGUUUCUUGAUUUUUAUCUACUAUAUGUCAAAGAAACAGAGCAUAUAUUAAACUGUAAAGAAAAAAAAAACCCAAAACAAAAUCUUUUCUUUACUGUUGUUUUGAAUUUAUGUUACAUAUUUUCUUGAAACAUGUAUGGCAAAAAAUUAAAUAGCAAUUUUGUAUUUUGAAAAUUUAACUUUUUCCAAUAUUUUGAAAUAUGAAGACAACAUAGUUGGUCACAUAGUAUCACCAGGAUAUUCUAUGGAGUAUCCCAACAAUUCCAACUAUAGAUGGGUCAUGAGGUCCGGAAAUACGUUAGCAAAUGUAUCCUUUAGCGUUUUAAAAUAGAUAUCAAGGAAUGGAAUACAUGUGGUGAUGAUUUGUCGAUAUAUUUUAACGCAGAAAACGGAGGAAAAAGGUUUGCAGGCUAUCACUCUACAAAAAUCUAUGCACAGCGUUCCGUUUGUGGUAGUCAGUCAAUAGUUGAAUAUUGUUCAGCUUCCUACGACUUAGAAUCUUUCGGGACAGUAUUAUCAAUCAUUACUAACAUAGAAUGCAAUAAAACACUAACUGAAAUUGUGAAAGUAAUAACAACUGAGUGAAGGGUGAAGGAUUUUGGUGUUUAUG